CCCCCUGAGGCACAGCCCCGGCAGAGCGCGGCUGUCCCAGGGCCAGGCAUCACCUCCCUCCUGCACAGCCAGGGAACAGCGCCCGCCGCGAUGCCGGAGCCGUGAAGAAAAUCCAAGAUCACAGCCUCACGAAAACUCUUGUUGAAGAGUCUGAUGCUGGCCAAAGCCAAGGAGGAGUGGGAUCAGGAGAUUGUGGACAAGCAGGCAGAGAAGGAGAGGUACCUGUCGGAGCGGGUCACUCCUCUGCACACCUCUGGGCUCUCCUUGAGCCAGCUGCAGGACCUGUGCAGGGAGCUGCACGAGAAGGUGGAAAUCGUGGAUGAGGAGAGAUACGACAUUGAAGCAAAAUGCAACCAUAACAUGCGGGAGAUCAAAGAUCUGAAAAUCAAAGUUCUCGAUCUCCGAGGGAAGUUCAAGCGCCCUCCCCUGCGCCGGGUCCGUGUCUCGGCCGAUGCCAUGCUCCGGGCUCUGCUGGGCUCCAAGCACAAGGUGUCCAUGGAUCUCAGGGCCAACCUGAAGUCUGUCAAGAAGGAGGACACGGAGAAGGAACGCCCUGUGGAAGUGGGCGACUGGCGCAAGAACGUGGAAGCCAUGUCGGGGAUGGAGGGGAGGAAGAAGAUGUUCGACGCUGCCAAAUCCCCCACGGGGCAGUGAGAGGAACACUGGGAAGAAGAUUGUCCCCAUCCCUGCUGCCAGCCUGUCCUCGCUGCUCCUCUGUCCCUUUGUGCCCUCCCCUCAAUUCCCACUGAGCUCAAACACAAGGACAACGGUGUGGGAAGGAGACCUGAGCUUCUUCCUCCCCUCAGCCCUGCUCCUGCACAGCGUCCCCCCAUCAUCAUCAGCCCAGGGGCCCCUGGCCUCUCAUCCCCUCCCAGCCCUGCAGAGACCCCCAGGGGCAGCUGCUGCUCCCCCGUGCCCGGCUUGGCCCGAGGUGUGUCACCCUGAGAGGUGUCACCCUGAGAGGUGUCACCCUGUGUCACCCUGAGAGGUGUCACCCUGAGAUGUGUCACCCUGAGAUGUGUCACCCUGAGAUGUGUCACCCUGAGAUGUCCCCGCGCAGCCACACGUGAAUUAAAGGAC